AUGAAGGUCAUCGAGGAUGAGCAGCGCGUGUGCGUGAUAGAUGGACCCUGGACCCCUCAAGGGCUGAUCAAGGAAAUAGUGGAUGAGGGAACCCAGGAGGAUCCGUUCUAUGUGAUGGACAUGGGGGAGGUAGUAGCGCGAUACCACCAGUGGAAGGAGCUUAUGCCACGCGUUGAACCGUUUUAUGCGGUGAAAUGCAACGACGACAAGUUGAUGGUGAGCACGCUGGCGGCGCUCGGCGCGGGCUUCGACUGCGCGUCCAAGGCGGAGAUACAGCUCGUCACGUCGCUCGGCGUGCGACCUGAACGCAUAAUCUUCGCGAACCCCGCGAAGCCGGCGUCGCACGUGCGCUGGGCGCACGCGGCCGGCGUCACCACGCUCACCUUCGACUCGGAGACCGAGCUGAUCAAGACAAAGCGAUUCAUGCCCGAGGCGCAACUGGUGAUCCGCAUCCGCUGCGACGCGUCGUCGGCUCAGUGCCCGCUCGGCAUCAAGUUCGGCUGCGAGCCCGUCGUGGAGGCGCCGCGCCUGCUCAAGCUCGCCGCCGUGCUCGGCCUCAGCGUUAUAGGCGUGUCGUUCCACGUGGGCUCCGGCGCGCAGGAGACGGCGGUGUACGCGCGGGCGCUGCAGCACGCGCGCGCGCUGUUCGCGGCCGGUACCGCCGCCGGCCACCGCAUGCGCCUCGUCGACGUCGGCGGGGGCUUCCCCGGCAACGCAGGCACCAGCAUACGCGAGGUGGCAGCAGUUAUCAACGAGGCGCUAGAGACGCACUUCCCGUCCCGCUCGGUGCGCGUCAUCGCCGAGCCCGGCCGGUACUUCGCAGCCGCCGCCUACACGCUGGCCGCCAUGGUGCAUGCCACCAGGGAGUUGCCAGCCAAGGAUGGUUCGGGGCCGCACACGAUGUACUUCAUCAACGACGGCGUGUACGGCUCCUUCAACUGCGUUCUGUACGACCACCAGCAGGUGCACGCCGAGCCGCUAGAGGAGUCCGCGGAGCCCCCGUCGCCGUGCUCGGUGUGGGGCCCCACCUGCGACGCGCUGGACUGCGUGCUGCCGCUUGCGGCGCUGCCCCCGCUGCGCGCCGGCGCCUGGCUCGUGUUCCGCGACAUGGGCGCCUACACGCUGCCCGUCGCCUCCGCCUUCAACGGCUUCCCGGUGCCGAAGGUCCGCGCCGUCUGCGAUAAACGCCUCUGGUCGGUUCUGAAAGACAUGUGGCCGCUGUCCGAGGUGCACUUUGACUUCGGGCGUAUCACCGGCCCUCAGACGCCCCCACCCUCCCCUACACCCUCCCUCUCCUCCCCCUCUCCUCCUCCCGGGGACAUAGAGCACACCAUGUUUGUGGAGUGCGCCCUCAAG